AUGAAAUUAUUUGAUUUUAAUCCUGAAUCAUUUUCAAAAGUGAAAUUCAAUAUUGGUGGUAUUUCCACCUAUGUUUAUAAUUCUGAAAGUUUAGCUCCAUAUAUUCAAACUUUCAAUGAUAAGAAUCAUCCUCAUGUUGAAGAAAUUCCGAUUAAUGUUCUUUAUUUAAUUCAUCAACGAGGUGGGAAUUAUAAAUUUACUGAAGCAAUAGCGUAUAAUAUAUUAGAUCAAUAUUUCACCAAGAACCCCGAUGCAAAAUCAAUCGAAUCAAUUCCUUUGAUUUGUGUUACUUUUGAUAUUAGAAAUCAUGGAGAGAGAUUAAUUGAAGAAAUUAGAAAUGAAGAUUGGAAACAUGGGAAUAGCAAUCAUGCAAUUGAUAUGGUGAGUGGAAUUGAAGGGAAUAUUCGUGAUUUAAAAUUGAUUAUGGAUUAUUUACCAAGUUAUUUAAAUUUAGAUAUUUAUUUACAUCCAAAAUUUAGAGAAGUUAGUCCAAAUUGUGAUAUUAAAUUUAAUAAUAUCUUAAGUGGAUAUUCUCUUGGUGGUCAUACUGUAUUUAGAUUUACAAAUGAAUAUCCUGAAUUAGUUAAGAUUAUUAAUCCAGUUGUUGGAUGUACUGAUUUAACUAGUUUAUUAAUUAAUCGAUUAAGACAAACACCAUUAGAUUCAGAUGAUUAUGAUAAGAAAUAUUUUUAUUUUUAUUAUGAUGAAUUAAACUUGUCAGAUGAACAAAAACAAUUGAAUUAUCCUGAAAGUUUUCAUAAAAUGAUAAGUAAAAUUGAUAUAUCAAUUUAUGAAAAUUUCCCCAUGAAUAAAAUUAAAAUGUUUGCUUGUUUUGGUAAAGAUGAUAAAUUAGUUCCAAUGAAAGUAAGUUCUGUUUGGUGUGAUUUAUAUAUAAAUACAAAUGAUGAUUCUGAAAUAUUUAUUCAAGAUGGUGUUGGUCAUGAUGUUACUCCUGAAAUGAUUGAUAAAUUUACUACUUGGUUAGUUAAGAAUAUUUAA